CACUCAAGGCUGAAUUUGCUCAGGACACACGUGGCCACCGAAGUCAGGAUGAGACCAAGCUGCGCUCUUCUUCUUCUUACUCUUCUGGUUGUUUACAACACCAGCAUGGCAGCUAUCUUCGAUCCAGAAGGCCUCAGCUGCAAGUGCCGAAAAGUCACCUCCAGCUUUGGCACCUCAGUCCCUUCGGAAUAUGCAAGCAUCAAGAUAAUUCUGCCUGGUAUCAGUUGUCGGAGGCCUGAAAUUAUACUCACACUGAAGUCAGGAAGGUCUCUGUGUGUUGACCCUGAAGCCCAGUGGGUGCAGACUUUGAUGACAGUCAUGUAA